GAGGAAGCACCAAACAAUCCUUCCGAAUUCAUUCAAGAGUGAAGAUGAACAUACAAUCAUGGUUCCGACGUGCCAAAAGCAGAUCUUCAUCUUCAUCACAACCAUCAACCAAUCAAAAUGAAGAACAUCAGUUGUACGGAAUCACAGACGACUUAAUCAACCUCCUCAAAUCAUUCACUCUCGAAACAUUCAGGAACUUCAAUCUCCAAGAUGAACAAGGAGCCGUUGAUGGACCUGAAUCCACGAAGGAUUUGUCUUCUUGGCAAGAGAAACAUGCUGUGCUUGUUUUGUCCAAAGUUAAGGAAUUAUCACAACUUAGGUUUAGAUUAUGUCCACGCUACUUGAAAGAAGGCCAAUUUUGGAGAAUAUAUUUUACCUUGGUGAAGAAUCAUGUUGCAAAAUACGAGUUACACGCCAUACGAUUAGAGAAACUUAAACAGAUUGCAAUAGAGAACAAAAAAGACCCGAAUACAAGUGCAUAUGAAGUUGAAAUGUUAGAAGCAAGAAAACCAACAGAUUUGGAACCUGCAACGUCCCUUGAAUAGACGUCGAAUCAAUUGUGACAAUUAAAGUGGAAAAAAAUUACAAGGGUUGAUAUCAAUACAAGACUGAAGUUAUAUUGCAAGUGUGACACAAGGAAGGAAUCUGUAAGUUAUUGAUCAUGAUAUGCAACUGAUUUAAAGGCCCUAUUUUGAUUCCCAAAUAGGGUUUGACAAGAAGCUACACUUAAGAUUGCAGUAAAAGUUGUGAAACUGUGUUGCUUUUCACAUGUUUACCUCAUCAUUACAGUGUUGUAUAUAUUCCUAGGUGUGUAAGUGUAACUCUUGCAGCCAAGAGUUUAUUAAUCAUUAACUGUCAUGUUUUUUUUUGAGACGCGUGUCUAUAACCGAUAUAAAAUGUGAGUUGAUUUGUCGAGUCA